UGUGAUGCAUUCAGUUUUUUUUUCUGAGAAUGACAGCACUUUGUGUUGUUGUGAGAUCAUUUUGCGAUUGAAUUUAAAUUAUUUUUCUAAUAGCCGUGUUUAAUUGAAUCAUAAAUAGAGGUGAAGGCUAUCAACAAUCCCAUAGUACUAUAGAGCCUUAUAUGUGUGUUUUCUGUGCGACUAGAACAAUAGUUUUAGUUCGGUUGCCCUGUGAAAGUUCGAUUAAACAAGCGAUUUCAUUCUUCAUUCGAAAUAAAUAGUUACCAAACCCAAUCAGCAAAAUGACGAAUACAGAGGAGAAAGUGAUAAUGACACCAAAGAGCAAGACGGCCACUUCCACAACUCUAGUGAUAGAGCGCAAGGUUGUGGAGGCGCAACCCAGCGACAAGAUACAUGUGGCCGGUGGAGACCACACCGGCAUCAUCAUCAACAAGGAACAGGUCUAUGAAAACGGCGUAUCCUCCCCAUGCGAGGCCCAACUCCAGUUCGUAGUCUACCUGGUGUCUGCCUGCAGCGGCGACCACACGCGGGAGGCGCGUGCUCUCCGGUUCUGGUUCAAGCCGCAACUGGCGCCGUAUGAGAGGCCGUACGAGGCGCAGGCCUUCUUCAGGGAUCUGGUCAGCCCGCAGGACUUUCCUAAAGAUUACGUGGGCUUCAUAAAGAAAAUAAUGAAACUUAUGCAGAAUAAAUACGACAAAGUGAAGAUGUGCGAAGUGGAACUGAGACAAGAGGGCAGCGGGCCCCCGCCUCCUGAGGCAAAUGGCGUUAUAUCGAGUAAGAAAAUUAUAUACAACUUAUGUAAUGGGUCAUUUAUAGAAGAAAAUGCGGCGAACCAAACAGUGAUAUCCGAACAGCGGGUGCUCGAUAUGAUCGAGAACGCUUAUCCUAACCCGCUCACCGUAGAAGACUUUGUCACAAACGCGAAAUGGUCGAAAGCGGAGGUGAAAGACGCGUUAGAAGCGCUGCAAGAGAAGGGACUCACACGGGCCAUGGGCGAGGGAGUGUAUGUGAGACAACACAGCAUCGACACACAGGUAGUGAAACAGAUGCCAACCCUCUGCUCGUCACGGCAGCCGAGCAUAGCCAUCGUGACCGCGCUGUACUGCGAGAAGCAAGCCGUGGACGCCAUGCUCGACAACCAGGAGACCUUCGUGAGGUACACCACUGUCGGUGAAUCGAACGUGUACACCCUGGGCACGAUCGGCGCGCACCGCGUGGUGAGCACCAAGCUGCCGUCCGUGGGGCGCUCGCGGGAGGCCACCACCGCCGCCGGCAACACCACCACAAGGCUGCUGGGGAUCUUCCAGAAGGUGGAAUACGUGUUCCUGGUGGGCGUGGGCGGCGGCGUGCCCCACUACGCGGACUACGCGCGGCACGUGCGCCUCGGCGACGUGGUCGUGUCCGCGCCCGCGGCGGAUCUGCCCGACAAACACGUCUACGUGUUCUGCGAGCGAGCGGAGCGAAACGAGCACGGCGGCUGGGACUAUGAAGUGAAACCGUACCAGCCAGCGAACCUGCUGCUACAAGACAUCGCCAGCCGCCUGCAAGCCCAGUACAGCGGGGGGAAGCACCAGGCGCCCUGGGACCUGUAUGCUGCUGAAGGUCUAGAGCGCCUCCGCGGCGUGCCCGGCCGCUGGGAGGCGCCGAGCACGGGCUCGGACCGGCUGUGCGUGGAAGUGGGCGAUGGCGCUUACAUAGAGGUGCAACACCCGGCGCCCUCCGCCGACCAGAUAGACUCAAUAUCCCCCGGCAUCCGCCUCCACGUGGCGCCAGUGGCCGGGGGCCGGUCGGUCUCGUGCUCGGAGGCCGCUCGGGCCGCGUUCGCUGCGCACACGCACGCGCGCGCCUACGACUGCGAGUUGGACGCCGUGUUGGAUAGUGUGGUCGGGAAUAGGAAGGACUGCUUUGUUUCUAUUAGAGGUAUAUCGGACUACCGCGACGGCACCCGCGGCAAGGAGUGGCAGCCGCACGCCGCGCUCGCCGCCGCCGCCGUCGCGCGCACGCUCAUCGCCGCCAUGGACCCACCCACCGACUAGAUAU